GUUUAACGCCAUCCCAUCUUGCACUUGAUCCACCAUGGUGGUGGCAGGUCGUGAACCGACCGCCGGCGCUGGGGUCGCCGUGCGCGGGUUCGACGACGCAUCGAUGCGUGAAGAAGCAGCCAAUGCGUCGAUGUUUCAUUUUGACCGGAAGCACGUGUACUCAUUCAAGAACAACGUAAUGUGUGGCAUCACCUUUGGCCAGUGGUGGCAGAUCGUGAGCAAGCAGUGGCGCCACUUCGACUGGUGCUACGUCCCGCGAGCCAUGUUUCUCACGAUUCUGUCGCUCUUCAACUCGCUCAUGGGUCUUGUCGAGGGUGUUGUGUAUCCCGACGCCAUGAUCAACCAAGUCGACUUGCCGACCGACCCCGUGUUUAUCGUUGGCCAUCCUCGCACGGGCACGACGCUCCUGCACAACCUCCUCGCAUCGGACGUGACCAACUUUUACACGUGCACCACGUUUUGCACGGGGUUUCCGUCGUGUUUUCUAUGGUUUGAAGGGUUGGGCAAGCGCCUCUUUGCCGGUGCGAUCGAUCCGACGCGACCCAUGGACUCGAUGCCGCUGCAUUUUGACUUGCCCCAGGAAGAUGAGUGCGCCACGCUGCUCUUAUCGUGCGGGGCGAGCUACUACAUGCCUAUUUACUUGAUGACUCGCGAGCCGUCGUUUCGGCGGUUCCUCGAUUUUAGUUCAGAGGAUGGCGGAACACCCGAAGACGAAGCCACGUGGACCUCUGCAUUCCUGUACCUGCUUCGAAAGCUCACGUUGCGCCACCAGUUGCGAUCCAAGUCGUCUGGACUGAACCAUCGUCUGGUGCUCAAGUCGCCGAUCCACGCCGCCCGGGUCCCGUUGCUGCGCAAGUUGUUCCCGCAUGCACGCUUCAUCUACAUGCAUCGCGAUCCGUUUGAAACGAUGGCAUCGGCUGCCCACUUGGCCAACACAGCGUUCUGGUUCAUGUACUUGUCGACUCCGACCGACGAACAGGUCAACGAGUACUUGUUUUGGCAGUUUGACCAAAUGUGGCGCAAGUACAACAGCGCAGCGGCGGUGGCGCCAUCCCAACGUUCGCAGGUGAAGCGCAUGAUCCACGACGACAUCCUCGAAGUCUCGUAUGCUCAACUGACGACACAUCCGAGCGAGACGCUCCAAAAGAUCUACGACCAUGCCAACGUCGCCUGGACAAGCGACACUUCCAAGCACUUCGCUGCCGAAGUUGCCGCGCUGCAAUCGUACCAAGUCAAUCGCCACCGCACGUUGCCCGCGCCACUGCGCGAGCGCAUUCAGUCGAUGGCGCAGGAGUAUAUGGACGCUCUGGGAUAUGCCGAUCCACCAGCAUCCAGCUAGCAAGUGCCGAAGAGGGUUGUAAAGUUUGAUGCCAGUAAUUUGAGCAACGGCCUCGCCUUGAGAACAUUUUCAAACAGACCCGUCCAUUGUAAAGCCGGGUUCGGUUUGCCACACCGACCGAAAGCCUCGCGACCACUUGCGCUUGCGUCGGCGACCUGGUCGCGCAAACGACCAGCUCAAUGCGACUGGCAUACGAG